GUUGAUUUUAAAAUCAAAACAGUAGAGCUAAGAGGAAAGAAAAUUAGAUUACAAAUCUGGGACACAGCAGGUCAGGAGAGAUUCAACAGCAUUACCUCAGCUUAUUACAGAAGUGCCAAGGGAAUUAUUUUGGUGUAUGAUAUCACCAAGAAGGAAACAUUUGAUGAUUUACCAAAAUGGAUGAAAAUGAUUGAUAAGUAUGCUUCAGAAGAUGCAGAACUUUUAUUAGUUGGAAAUAAACUGGACUGUGAAGUUGAUCGAGAGAUUACUCGACAGCAGGGAGAAAAGUUUGCACAGCAAAUAACUGGGAUGCGAUUCUGUGAAGCAAGUGCCAAGGAUAAUUUUAAUGUGGAUGAAAUAUUUCUAAAACUUGUUGAUGACAUUCUGAAAAAGAUGCCACUGGAUGUUAUAAGAAAUGAGUUGUCCAACAGUAUCCUGUCCCUGCAACCAGAGCCAGAAAUCCCACCAGAACUGCCUCCUCCAAGGCCACAUGUCCGUUGCUGUUGACUUGUUACUCCAAACAGAGUGAAAAAUAGGAGCAGGAGGGUAAAGAAAGUAUCUGUACUACUCUGCACUACAAUCAUUUGGCAGUUUCUUGUUGCACUUUGUUAUUCGAGUCAGAGCUACACACUAACUUGUAAAUAUGCAAAUAUGCAAUCCUGUGUAGGAUUCAGCUAUAACAUUUAAUUAUUACCCCUCUCCCUCACAAUGAUGUUUCAUUCAUUGCCCCAGUGUUAUAAAUACUGUAUAGAUGGUGGGGGUUUGCCACACUUCCAGUCGAGGAGGAGGAGAAAUUAAAUCUAUACCUAUUCUUGACAUAAAUGUUGUAAUAGUUCUUUGUUAUGAUAAACAGGCAGGCAGAAGCUCUUCUGGUAUGAAGAUAAGUAUAUGGUGCUUUGCUAACUAUUUUAAAGACAAAUUUUUUAAAAAACAGAGGACUUUAUGUACAAAGCUUCCAUAAUCAGCAUUAUGUUUCUUUUUAAUGUAGUAAAAACAUUUUUGGCUGUAGCAUCCUCUGCUGACUGGAUUUAUUGAAAAGCUAAGUUUAAUUUCUGGCAGUCUCUUAUUUAUUUUGUUUAAUGCUGCACCCUUUCUUUGUGUACCAAGACAUCAACACCUGGUGCAGAUCUAAGGUUGCACUCUGAAAUAGCAUAUAUAAUUUUUUCCAUAAGCAUAAACUUGGUAGCAAGAAUCAUUAAGUUUCAAUAAAAGAAUGAAGAUAUAUUCAAGCUCUAAAAGAAGGUAUAAAAAGCAAUGCUGCUUUGUCCUAGACAAAUUCUUUUUUUUUUUUAAAAAAAAAAAAAAGAUGAUACAUUUUCCUAUGUUAAGGAAUAUAUAUGUGUAUUUGUCUGGACUUCUGUAGGGUUGGGGGGAAGGGAACCUAAGGUAAAAUUAUUUUCUUUCCUAAUGGUGGAAAUUACUCCCAUCAAGCAAAUACUGUGUUAGGUUUUUGUCUGAUAAUGAAUUUGUGAAUUAUAUCUUUGGUAUAUCUUUUAUUAAAAUGCACUGUUUAGUUUAGCUGUGGUAAAUCAGUAGUUACAUAUUUGAAUAACUUGGUGUGUCCUGAAUGUUGUGGUAUUGAAAAGCAUUGUGGUCUUUCUAAACUAAUGAAGUGCAAAUAAAAUUUUGUAUUUAUGAAUGACA